AUGAGUGUAUAUAUUCCUCACCUGUACACAGCCAGUACAGGUGCAAAAUAUCGCGCCAGGAUCAGGACGAGAGUGAUCCCAGAGUGCUACAACUGUGACUGUGGGCACCAGUCUGUGAUCCCAGAGUGCUACAACUGUGACUGUGGGCACCAGUCUGUGAUCCCAGAGUGCUACAACUGUGACUGUGGGCACCAGUCUGUGAUCCCAGAGUGCUACAACUGUGACUGUGGGCACCAGUCUGUGAUCCCAGAGUGCUACAACUGUGACUGUGGGCACCAGUCUGUGAUCCCAGAGUGCUACAACUGUGACUGUGGGCACCAGUCUGUGAUCCCAGAGUGCUACAACUGUGACUGUGAGCACCAGUCUGUGGGCUGUGACUGUGACUGUGACUUGGGGCCCAACUGUGACUGUGGGCACCAGUCUGUGAUCCCAGAGUGCUACAACUGUGACUGUGAGCACCAGUCUGUGAUCCCAGAGUGCUACAACUGUGACUGUGAGCACCAGUCUGUGAUCCCAGAGUGCUACAACUGUGACUGUGAGCACCAGUCUGUGAUCCCAGAGUGCUACAACUGUGACUGUGGGCACCAGUCUGUGAUCCCAGAGUGCUACAACUGUGACUGUGGGCACCAGUCUGUGAUCCCAGAGUGCUACAACUGUGACUGUGAGCACCAGUCUGUGAUCCCAGAGUGCUACAACUGUGACUGUGGGCACCAGUCUGUGAUCCCAGAGUGCUACAACUGUGACUGUCCAGAGUGCUACAACUGUGACUGUGGGCACCAGUCUGUGAUCCCAGAGUGCUACAACUGUGACUGUGGGCACCAGUCUGUACUCCCAGAGUGCUACAACUGUGACUGUGGGCACCAGUCUGUGAUCCCAGAGUGCUACAACUGUGACUGUGAGCACCAGUCUGUGAUCCCAGAGUGCUACAACUGUGACUGUGGGCACCAGUCUGUACUCCCAGAGUGCUACAACUGUGACUGUGGGCACCAGUCUGUACUCCCAGAGUGCUACAACUGUGACUGUGGACACCAGUCUGUACUCCCAGAGUGCUACAACUGUGACUGUGGACACCAGUCUGUGACGCCAGAGUGCCUGUUGUAG